AUGUUAUCAAAUUUUUUAAAAGUCAACAGUAAAGCACUAGGACAUAUAAGAACUUUUGCCUCAAAGAGUGGUGAAAUUAAACACAAUUUUAAAAAAGCCGAUACAUACUUAUGUGAUGGUCCAUCUGACUCAACUGUUACCAACAAAGAUGAACUCAUUUCAUUCUUCACUGAAAUGUCAAGAUUUAGAAGACUCGAAACUGUUUGUGAUGGUUUAUACAAAAAAAAAUUAAUUAGAGGUUUCUGUCAUUUAUACACUGGUCAAGAAGCUGUUUGUGCAGGUUUAGAAAGUGCAAUUACUAAAGAUGAUCAUAUUAUUACAGCAUACAGAGAUCACACUUAUAUGUUAUCAAGAGGAGCAACACCAGAAGAAAUUUUUGCAGAAUUAUUAAUGAAAGAAACUGGUUGUUCAAAGGGUAAAGGUGGUUCAAUGCAUAUGUUUACAAAGAAUUUCUAUGGUGGUAAUGGUAUUGUUGGUGCUCAAUGUCCACUUGGUGCUGGUAUUGCCUUUGCACAAAAGUACAAUAAGACCGGUAAUGUUUGUUUAGCCAUGUAUGGUGAUGGUGCUGCCAAUCAAGGUCAAUUAUUUGAAGCCUUCAACAUGGCUUCACUCUGGAAACUUCCAGUCAUUUUCAUUUGUGAAAACAAUAAAUACGGUAUGGGUACCUCUCAAAAGAGAUCAACUGCUGGUCACGAUUUCUAUACUCGUGGUCACUAUGUUGCAGGCUUAAAAGUCGAUGGUAUGGAUGUUUUCGCCGUCAAAGAAGCUGGUAAAUACGCCGCUGAAUGGUGUAGAGCUGGUAAUGGUCCAAUCAUUUUAGAAAUGGAUACCUAUCGUUAUGUAGGUCACUCUAUGUCUGAUCCAGGUAUCACUUAUCGUACAAGAGAAGAAGUUAACCACGUUAGACAAACUAGAGAUCCAAUUGAAAACAUUCGUCAAAUCAUCUUGGACAAUAAAAUCGCAACUGAAGAUCAACUCGCUGCCAUCGAAGAAACCGUUAGAGAUGAAAUGGAAAAAGCCUCUGAAAAAGCUAUCGCUGCUCCAUUACCACAAGCUCGUGAACUCUUUACCAACGUUUACCUCCAAGAAGUUCCAGUAAGAGGUGUUGAAUUUGUUAACAGUUUCAAACCAUAA